GCUCCCUUCUAAAAUUGUUGGCCGCCAAACGAAAAUAGUAGAGGGCAAUUCCGUCAAAAAAAAACACUUCUCAUUCUUCUAUAUAUAUAAACCCUAAUACUGCAACUCUCUUCUCUACUCUCAUAUCUUCCUUUGCGGCUAGCUUUUUCCUUCAAAGAUCUUUAAGCUUAAGAUCAGAUGGGUAAGGAAAAGGUUCAUAUUAACAUUGUGGUCAUUGGCCAUGUCGACUCUGGGAAGUCAACUACUACUGGUCACUUGAUCUACAAGCUAGGAGGUAUUGACAAGCGUGUGAUCGAGAGAUUUGAGAAAGAGGCUGCUGAGAUGAACAAGCGUUCAUUCAAGUAUGCUUGGGUUCUUGACAAGCUCAAGGCUGAACGUGAAAGAGGUAUCACUAUUGAUAUUGCUUUGUGGAAGUUUGAGACUACUAAGUAUUACUGCACUGUCAUUGAUGCUCCCGGUCAUAGGGAUUUCAUUAAGAACAUGAUUACUGGGACUUCCCAAGCUGAUUGUGCUGUUCUCAUCAUUGAUUCCACUACUGGUGGUUUUGAGGCUGGUAUUUCAAAGGACGGUCAGACCCGUGAACAUGCUCUCCUUGCUUUCACUCUUGGUGUGAGGCAAAUGAUCUGUUGUUGCAACAAGAUGGAUGCCACUACACCCAAGUACUCCAAGAGUAGGUAUGAAGAAAUUGUGAAGGAGGUUUCAUCCUAUAUGAAGAAGGUUGGAUAUAACCCAGAUAAAAUUCCAUUUGUUCCAAUCUCUGGUUUUGAGGGAGAUAACAUGAUUGAGCGCUCUACAAAUCUUGACUGGUACAAGGGACCAACUCUUCUUGAUGCUCUCGACCAAAUCACUGAGCCAAAGAGGCCAUCAGACAAGCCCCUUCGGUUACCUCUUCAGGAUGUUUACAAGAUUGGAGGAAUUGGAACUGUGCCUGUCGGACGUGUUGAGACCGGUAUCAUUAAACCUGGAAUGGUGGUGACUUUUGCGCCAACUGGACUUCAAACUGAAGUCAAGUCUGUGGAGAUGCACCAUGAAGCUCUUACUGAGGCUCUCCCUGGUGACAAUGUUGGAUUUAAUGUUAAGAAUGUUGCUGUCAAGGAUCUCAAGCGUGGUUACGUUGCCUCAAACUCCAAGGAUGACCCAGCUAAGGAGGCUGCUAAUUUCACAUCUCAAGUGAUCAUCAUGAAUCACCCUGGCCAGAUUGGAAAUGGAUAUGCCCCAGUUCUUGACUGUCACACCUCUCACAUUGCUGUCAAGUUUGCCGAGCUUGUUACCAAGAUUGACAGACGUUCUGGUAAAGAGAUUGAGAAGGAGCCCAAGUUCCUAAAGAAUGGUGAUGCUGGUAUUAUUAAGAUGCUUCCCACCAAGCCCAUGGUUGUCGAGACUUUCUCUGAAUAUCCUCCACUCGGACGAUUUGCUGUCAGAGACAUGCGUCAAACUGUGGCUGUUGGAGUCAUCAAGGCUGUGGAGAAGAAGGAUCCAAGUGCAUCUAAGAUUACCAAGUCAGCACUCAAGAAGAAAUGACAUGUGCGGGAUGAUUCAUCCAGGGAGGUCCAUUGUUGUUAUUAUGAUAAACAGCAGUUUAUGGUAUUCAGUAUUUAUAUUUCUCGUUUAGUUAACUUGUAUUUUGGAUUAUGUGUUAAGUCUGCACCCUCGUCGCGGAGCUUCUUUUCUCAGAACUGGGUUCUAGAUCGACGGUGGCAGUGAUUUUUCUUGUUUUUAUGCUUUAAUUAUUAUGUCUUGUUCGAACUCCUGAAUUUUGUAAGCAGCAAGUUUCUAAACCUGCUGAAUUUGUUUUUUGAAUAUCAACUUUAUAUUUUGUGUGUA